AUGAUUGAAAUGAUUGCUGAGUUCGAUCCAAUAAUGCAAGAGCACAUACGACGUAUUCAAGCACAUGAGACAUAUUAUACAUAUCUUGGUCCAAAAAUUCAAAAUGAACUGAUUCAGAUGUUGACAAAUGAAGUAAAAGCUACAAUUCUUAGAAAAAUCAAAGAAGCAAAAUAUUAUUCAGUUAUACUAGAUUGCACUCUAGACAUAAGUCACGAGGAACAAAUGUCUCUUGUAAUACGUUGUGUGAAUAAUUCAACAAGCUCUGUUAUGGUUGAAGAAUACUGGGUAUCUUUUUUGAAAGUAGAUGAUACUUCUGGACUUGGACUUUUUACUGAACUAAAAAAUAUGUUGAAUGAUCUCAAGCUUAAUAUUGAUGAUAUAAGAGGACAGGGGUAUGACAAUCGAUCCAAUAUGAAAGGAAAGUAUAAUGGGGUGCAAACAAGAUUACUUGAAAUAAAUCAUAGAGCCUUUUAUACACCUUGUGGAUGUCAUAGUCUGAAUUUGGCAUUAUGUGAUAUGGCUAAUUGUUGUUCUAAAGCUAUGUCUAUGUUUGGAGUGAUACAACGUAUUUAUACAUUAUUUUCCUCUUCUACAAAGCGUUGGAAAGUUUUUAAAGAUCACGUAGAAGGCCUGAUAAUUAAGCCAUUAUCACAAACUCGUUGGGAAAGUCAUGUUGAAAGCAUGAAAACUAUAAAAGAACAAACAUCAAAAAUUAGAGAUGCUUUACUUGAUUUGGCACAAACGAGUAAAGAUCCAAAAACAAAGAGUGAAGCUGAAUCAUUGGCAACAUAUGAACUUGAAAAUUUUGAAUUCUUGCUUGGCAUGGUAAUUUGGUACAAGUUGUUACAUGCGAUCAAUACUGUGAGUAAAUUUCUUCAAGGUGAAAAUAUGGAUAUUGAUAUUGCAAUUAAACAAUUAAAAGGACUUAUUCUUACUUUUGAGGAGUAUCGAGAGUUUGGAUUUGAUAAGGCCAUGAUAGAAGCAAAGCAAAUGGCAGAAGAAAUGGAGAUUGAAGCUACAUUUAAAGAAAAACUCAUUAUCCGAAGAAAGAAACAAUUUGAUGAAAGUAGUAGUGAAGAUGUGAUGCAAUCAGCUGAAGAAUCUUUUAGAGUUAAUUAUUUUAUUUUCUUAAUGGAUCAAGCUAUUUCUUCACUAAAAACUCGAUUUAAACAAUUUCAAAAGUAUGAAGAAACAUUUGGUUUUUUGUUCAAUCCAGAAAGAUUAAAGUUUGCUAAUGAUGAUAAUCUAAUGAAAUCUUGUAAAAAUCUCGAAGAAACAUUGAGAUAUAAUGUCAAGUCAGAUAUUGAUGGAGAUGAUCUGUAUAUGGAGUUAUCAAUCUUGAAACAGUCUUUACCAGUGGAAGCAAAAAGAGCAAUAGAUGUUUUGAAUUAUCUGAAAAAUAUGGAUGAUUGUUAUCCAAAUACUCAUGUUGCAUGCAGAAUUUUAUUGACCAUACCGGUUACAGUGGCAUCUGCAGAAAGGAGCUUUUCCAAGUUGAAGUUAAUUAAAACAUAUCUUCGAUCAACCAUGUCACAAGAAAGAUUAAAUGGAUUGGCGAUGUUGUCUAUUAAAAAGAAAAUAGUUGAACAUCUUGAUUAUACAAGCUUAAUUGAUAUUUUUGCAGCUAAAACAGCAAGACGUGUUGUAUUCAAAUGA